AUGUCGAAGUAUAAAAAGAUUGAACGAAAAAUAUCGAAAAUAAAAUGUCGAACACCAGCAUCAUUUGCACAAGCUCGUAUCUGGCUUGAUCAACGAAUUCGAUUCGAUCCCGACAAGCCUCAAAUAGCAAUCUAUAAUAUGCCUUUUGUUUAUCGUCUGCAACCAGGUCAUACUUUAUCGAUUAAACAACUUCAUCAGGCUCUUCAUCUUACUGUCAACAAACAUCCUUCACUUCAUACAUCACUUCAUUUUGACAUCCAAAAGAAUCUACUUAUGCAACGAGUUAUUGCUCAUGAACAAAAAAAUAAUAAUAAUAAUUUGUUUUCAAUCAACGAAACUAUUUAUGAAACAGAUGAACAAUUGAAUGAGAUUUUACACGAUGAGGAACGUAAUCCUCAUCUUUUUGAUCUUGCUCAUGGUCUUGUCUUUCGAUGUCAUCUUGCUUAUUACAAACAAAUCUCUUCAAAUCAUCUUCUUUCUCACAACGAUCUACUUAUCUUCAACUUUCAUCAUGCUUUGUUUGACUUUCCAUCGAUGGAAGUAUUUCUCAAUGAUCUUAACCAAGCAUACAAAACAGGUCAAUUAUUAUAUGAUGACGACACUAAUCUUCGUUAUCUUGAUUAUGCUGUUAUUGAACAACAAAUGUCAAUGACUGGUGCAAGUAUGUUUUGGCUUGAUGCUCUUCAUGACUGUAAACUCGAUCAGUCUUUGUCAUUACCAUUUGAUCGAUAUCGUCUCUCAAAUGAACAUCGAACUGGUCGUGGAACAUCUAUUUCUUUUGAUUUUGGCCAAGAUCUCUCACAUGACUUUCUUCUCCAUGCAUCAUCAAAUAACAUAUCACCCGAACAUCUCACAUUUGCUAUUUAUUUCAUCUUUCUAUUUAAACUAACUAAUGGACAAACAGAUCUAUGUCUUGCUAUGAACAUCAAUAAUAAACGAUAUAGAGAUGAAUUUAACUCUAUCAUUGGACUGUUUGAGAAUGUUGUGCCAUUACGAUGUCAGUUAAAUCCACAUUGGUGUUCUCAUCAACUACUCGAACACGUUCAAGAGAUAACAACCAGUAGUAUGAAAUAUUCAUAUUUUCCACUUCAAUGUAUUUUUGAUCAACAUCCACAUAUUUCCAAACAUGCGUUUUUGGAUACAUCUCUGGAAUUUAUAUCAUACAAGAAUAAUAAUUCAGUGAUGAUUGGUGAUUCUCAACUUAUUCCAGGAUCUUUCUUAUUCAACGAUAAUGAAGUAGAAAUACUAAGUGCAUCCGACUUCUCUCUUUCUAUUUAUCAUGAUUUGAAUAUGGAUCAAGUGUCAUGCACAAUCCAUGCAUCACUUGACUUGUUCAAUAGAAAGACAGUGGAGAAGAUUUCGCAACGAUUUCAUUCCAUCUUACAUCAAUUAUUUACAUCUAUGAUUUAUAAUCAAAUAAACAAACCUAUCUACAAAUUAUCAUUAAUGUUAUCAAAUGAACAAUAUCUAAUGCAAUCAUUGAAUAAUACACAAAUAUCAUUUUCAUCUCCUCUCACUUGUAUUCAUCAUGAGUUUGUAUAUCAAGCAAUGAAACGUCCACAAAAACUAGCAGUUGAACUUGAUGAACAAUCCUUGACAUAUUGUGAACUUUUGUAUUAUGUUCAGGUGUUAUCUUUAACUCUUAUCAAUGAAUAUCAUGUGUUUUCAGGUGAAAUCGUGUGUCAGUGUGUUGAGCGAAGUUUGUCAAUGGUGAUUGGUAUUAUGGGAAUUCAAAUGGCUGGUGGUGUUUAUUGCCCAUUAUCACCUCGAGACCCACAACAUCGUUUAUAUGCACUUACACAACAAACACAAAGUCGUCUUGUACUUGUUCAUUAUUUAACAAAGAUUAAAUUCGAUGAUGAUAUUAUUUCACUUGAUAUUGAUUCAAUAUUAAAUAUUAAUGAGAUACAUAAGAAAGGUCUUUCAAGUGUGAUAGUGAAAGGUGAAGAGAUAGCAUACAUUAUUUUCACUAGUGGUUCAACUGGAACACCUAAAGCAGUUCAAGUUCGACAUAAGAACUUUAUUGAUUGUAUGCAUUCUUUGAUUUAUAUUAACUCAUUUAAUAAAGAUGAUACAGUUGUACAAAUGACGCGAUGUUCAUUUGAUAUUCAUGUUCAAGAAAUACUUGGUACAUUGUUAGUUGGAGGCACAUUAGUUAUGCUUCAUCCAAGUGGAACGAUUGAUUUUGAUUAUUUAUCUGCAAGUCUGUUAAUUAUUUUAGGUGAACCUUUUUCUGUUCCCUUAAUUGGUUUGAUUGUGAAAAUUAGUAUAACAGACUGUAUUCUAUGGAAUUUGUACGGUCCAGCAGAAGCAACCAUAGGCUCUACAAUUCAUUGUGUGAAUGUUACAAAUGAUAUACAGAGCAUUCCAAUUGGUAGACCAUUUUACAAUUACCGAUGUAUGAUUAUGAAUAAAGAUUUACAACCAUCUGUUACCGGCCAAGACGGUGAGCUGCUAGUGGGAGGCGCAGGUGUUUUUGCUGGUUAUCUUGGACGUGAUGACUUGACAGCAAAAGCUCUUCUUGAAAUAGAUGGUCAACUAUUUUAUCGAACAGGUGAUCUUGUUAGAAUGGAUAGCAAUGGUUUUCUUCAUUAUCAAGGAAGAAAAGAUCAUCAAAUCAAACUUCAUGGACAACGAAUUGAACUUGGUGAAAUCGAACGAUGUUUACUUAACACUAUAUCUAUCUCUGCUUGUGUUGUCAUGAAAUGGAAUGAUGACCAUCUGGUUGCUUAUGUUCAAUCUUCUUCUCAUAUCAAUGAAGAAGAACUACGUGAACAUUGUCGAUCUCAUCUUCCACCACAUAUGAUACCAUCAAUAUUUAUUAUUCUUUAUAGAUUCCCAUUGAAUCCAAAUGGAAAAAUAGAUCGAAAACUUCUACCGCCUCCUGAUUUUUCAUCGUCAACUUAUGAUCGUGAUGACAAUCUUUCGCACACUGCUUUAGAAGAACAGUUACAAGAUAUAUUUAGUCAAGCUUUCCAUAUUGAAUCUCCUCAUGUUGAAGUUGCUUUCGGUCAACUUGGUGGCACGUCACUGGGUGCUAUUCUUGCACUGACACUGAUUCGUCGGAAGAUUUGUAAUAAAGUUGACAUUGGUCUUUUGCUUAAUAAUCCAUCUAUUCGACAAUUGGCUCAAGCUAUAGAACCUUUAUUCGCUUUCGAAGAACUCCAAGAGACAGAUUGCACAGUCAAUGAAUUUCAUGAAACGCAUGAUCGUCUGACACCUUCAUUUGUCAUAGAAUCUUUAGGUAUUGUACUUCUUGUUUGUCAAUGGUUGUGUCCGAUUAUACUAAUUCAUCAAUGGUGUCCACUUCUUUUUCCUAUCUUACCAAUAUGUCAUCUUCUAUUAUAUGCCAUAUGUUCCCGUCUGCUUUCACUGCAAAACAUCAAAGGUGACAAUAUUUUCUCCUGGAGUUAUUAUCGAUGGUGGUUUUUAGAUCGACUAUGGAAUAAUAAUACAUUUUGGCUACAACAUAUACUUGGUACACCUUUGUACAAUUACUAUCUUCGUCUUUGUGGUGCUCGAGUUAGUCGUACUGCACAUAUUUAUACCGUUACUAUUGAUGCUCCAUGGUUAUUAUAUAUUAGUGAGGAAACUUGGAUUGCUGAUAAAACGACUCUAAACUCUUUUUAUUUCAAUGAUAAUGAUACUUUUGCACUACACUCAAUUAAAAUUGGUUGCUAUUGUUCAAUUAGUGUCCGUUCGAUUCUGUUUGGUGGAGUUGAUAUGCAAGAUAAUAUUAUUAUUCAGCCUAAUUCAUCAGUCACUGGUUUCAUCGCGUCCCGAACGAUUAUCGAUGGUGACGAACAUAAAUCGGUUUCAUCAGACAUUUCGAUCACACAUAGUAGCAGAUCAUUAUCAAAAUGGCACAGGAUCUAUCAAGUUAUUACAAUCAUCUCACUCAUCUGUAUUCAUUAUACAGUCUUAGCCAUUGCCUACAGAGUUUAUUCAGUUGAACAAAUACCGCUACCGAUUAGUAUUGCUUUUUGCUGGACUUUGUGGUCAGUUAUUGCUUGCUUUGUUACUCUCUUUCUCUUAAAAUUCGUAGUCGGUUCUUGUACUGCUGGUGAAUCAUAUCCAAUGGCAUCAUGGUCAUAUUUACAUAAAGUGUGGCUUCGUCAAUUAAUUGUAUCUAGUUUUCACCAUGCCUGGUUACUACCAACUGGGUAUGAUUAUCUUUAUCCUUUUAUUCUCCGUUGGCUAGGUGCUCAAGUUGGAGAUGAUGUCAAACUUGCUAAGAUAGACAUCUUCUUGUCCUAUCCAACUAAUUUAUUAAAACUGGAAACAGGAGUUACUAGUUUUGGUGACGUGUUAAUAUCUCCUACUGAAAUAACGCUUUCAGGUGAUCAUCGUGUAGAUUGGAUAAUACUUGGAUCUCAUACAAAUCUUGGAAAUGACUGUACAAUUAUGCCUGGUAGCUGUCUUGCAUCUCAAACUAUAGUUGGUACUUUAACGCGUACCACUCGAGAAACGACUAGCAAUAAUGGAGAUGUUUUAAUUGGUGUUCCAGCUCGUGCGAUGCCAUUUCAGAUGCCCUUUAGACAAGCAACAGAAGAUCAAAUUAAAACUAUUCCAUUUUGGAAAACUUGUUUUUCUCACUAUAUUAGUAAAUGUCUUCUCAUAGGUAUCUAUCUGUCAUGUAGUCUUGUUAGUGGAUCAAUCAUUCAUACAAUAAUUGUUUGCAGUUUCUAUCGAUGGUCUUCAUAUGUAGACAAUAAAAUAAUCAAACAGAUAAUAGGAAAACUAGAAGAAGAUCACCGAAUAUUUAUCUGUUCAUUUCUUGGCAGUACGCAAUGGCUAAUUCGGUUCUUUCGAGCAUGUGGUGCAACCAUAGGCAACAAUGUGAUCUUGCCCGAUGUUUCUUCUAUUUUUGAUUAUAAUUUGGUGACUAUUGGACAUAAUGUUCGACUUCAUAUUAAUGCUCAUAUUUCGGGUCACACUUUUGAACAGCGUAUUUGGAAAACAGCUCCUGUUACAGUAGGCAACUCGUGUAUAAUUAUGAGUGGCUCGGAGGUUAUGUCGGGCUGUAACUUAAUGGGUAACAAUCGACUUUAUCCGUUUACGCUCGUAAUGAAAAAUGAUUUAUUGCAACCGAACACACAAUGGAAAGGAGUUCCUGCACAAUCUUAUACAGCGAAAUCAAUAUUAUCUCGAUCUGCACCCGUUUGUGAUGAUGUCGUCAAAUGUCAACAGAAAUCUGAGAACUUUGAUCGACUGUCUUUGUGGUAUAAAAAAAUGUCAAGUAUCUAUACGAAUGUCAAUGAACUACAAUUUAUGAAUUGGGGUUAUGCAGAUUUGGAUGAACAUAGUGAUGACAAUACUGGUUACUAUUCGAAGAAACUUUAUCAACAAGUUCUUGCUAAUAUAACACUUACAGAUCAAAACAUACUCGAAGUAGGUUGUGGUAGAGGUGCUGGUGCUGCCUGGUGUGUUCGUACGUAUGCUCCUUGCUCUUAUGUUGGAAUAGAUCCUUCGCAAGAUGUUAUUAACCUAUGUGAAAAAUAUUAUUCAACAAUUCCUCGACUCUCAUUUAUGAUAGCUGAUCCAAAAACUUAUUUGUCAUUUCAAAAUGAGUCAACAGAUGUUGUUAUUUCAAUUGAAACAACAAACAUUUUUGAUGAAAUAGUAGCAGUGAAGCAAUUCGUCAAUGAAAUUACUCGUGUGCUUACUCCUAAUGGAUAUUUUCUCUGGUGUGGCUUGUGUAAUGUAGAUGGUUCAAGUGUAUUGAUUGAUUAUUUAACAGCAAACGAUGCAUUUAUUAUUAAAGAGAAGGUCAAUAUUACAAGAAAUGUUCUUCAUGCACUUGACAUUCAAAAUAACUCACGUACUGACUUUAUUGACCGUUAUAUUCAACCUGCAAAUCAAGAAUAUUAUCGUCUAUUGGCUGGAUUACCUGGUACUCAACUUUAUAAUAAUAUGCAACAAGGACGAGCAGAAUAUUGGCGAAUCGUAUUCCACAAGAAGUGA